AUGCUUCGAAAAUUGACAAAAAUCACAGUCGGAACAUGCGCCGUUUUCACAUUUUUUGACAUUUUUGGACAUCCGGCACAAGUUGUGGGUGAGUGGAUAUUUUUGAAUUUUUUUUUUGAGAGAGCAGGGAACCGUUUUCUAGGCCACGGCCACAACUACUAAGCAUUUCUGAGAGUUGGGACUUGUGGGCUUAUUCAAGCUGUGAAAAAAAUGAUUUUUUCCGUUCUUUUCGUUUUUUACGUCAAAAAACCCAAUUCAGCGGCGUAAAAAAACACAAAAAACGGAAAACAAACAUACGCUGAAUAGCCCCAUUGGAAAAACUAUGUGGCAAUAAGAGGAAAAAAUUUGAGAGUUCUUUAGACCUUCAAAAUGCUCAUUCUCUGGAAAUAAAUAUGAAUGUUCAAGCAGAAUUAUUUCAAAAAGUUGCAUAGUUUGCAGGAAAUUCAAUGUACCCGACCCUUCGCGGCGAAGACUCCCGCUGGUACAAACGGGAUUUCGUGUGGCUCUCGACGUGGUCCCUUCAUAAGUGCUCUCCCGGAACCAUUCUCACUUUUACGUACGUUUUUCUUACAAUAAAAACUAAUUAUAUUCAUUUAAUACAAAUCUAUAGUGAGCAAUUCCAAAAAUGAGCGAGCAAUUUGCUAAAUUACACUCAAGAAACAGUGAAUUUUCUCGUCAACAACAUUCUGUCAUCAUUACAGAUCGCCGCGAGACCCGUCGGCGACGUACAUCAAACGGAUCACGGCGGUCGAGGGACAGAUUGUGCGUCCGGAGCACCGAAGGGAACUGAUCACGGAGAUUCCGAAGGGACACUACUGGAUGGAGGGCGACAAUCCCGUCAAUCGCAACGACAGCAACGUUUUCGGACCGGUACGUUCUUUCAGCGAAAAUAUUGAUUUUUGGCCCUCACCAUUUUCGCAACUGGGCAUUUCGCAACCGCUAACUCUCAAAAUCGACCGUGUCAAAAGCAUACAUUUGCAAUUCUUCAGGUGAGCGCCGCACUCGUAAAAGGACGAGCCACGCACGUCAUCUGGCCGCCAAAUCAUUGGCAAAGAUUAUAG